AUGGAUGAAAUCACUUUGGAGGAUGAGUGCAUCCCCGGCACAAGCGACACGUACGAUGGCGAAGAGUUCGCCAACGAGGAGACAGCAGACUACAUGGAGGAACUCUCUGGAACUCAAGAGGAGAACGAGCGACAACGACGUCAAGAUUGCGACAUGCAGCAUCCAGAUGGGCUUCACACAGCUGACAUCAUUGAAGACUCUUUUCAUCCUGCGCAGCGGGAGCCAAGGCCCCCUCAUAUGAAAGCAGAAGAUGAGACAGAGACAGCCCACAUUAAAGAAGAAGAUCAUGAAGACGAAAUUACAACAUUUCCAUUGACUGUCAUUGUGAAGCGUGAAGAAGGUGAUGGAGACCAAAGCGAAGGAUCCCAGGCAGACUGUCUUUUUUCUCCACUGUCAGAAAGCAAUGACAUCACCUCACAAUCUUCCAAUGACGAUGAACACUCUGAAGGUGAUAUGACAUGUCAUGCUGACAACGAAGGUGUGAAACAUCCUCAUUGUGACAAAAGUUUGGCCCAUGAGGGAUCAUUCACUCGGAAGUUUGAUUUGACCAGACACACGAGAGCACACACUGGAGAAAGACCUUUUGCCUGCUCAGUUUGCAGUAAAACAUUUCGUGACAAAAAAAUUUUAAAAUUUCACACGAGGACAUCAGCUUUAACAAAGCACACCGUCAUACACACUGGUGAAAAACCUUUUACCUGCUCGGUUUGUGGUAAAAGAUUCUCAAAAAAGUCCAAUUUAAAAUGCCACACGAGAACACACACUGGAGAUAAACCAUAUGUCUGCUCAAGAUUCAGCGAACAGGGAAAUUUAACGCAACACUCAAGAACCCACACUGGGGAGAAAGCAUUUGGCUGCUCAGUUUGCGAUAGAAAAUUCUUAAGAAAAGAUGAGCUUCAAAGGCAUGCAAGAACACAUAGUGGUGAAAAACCUUUUGCAUGCUCACUUUGUGACAUCAGUGAAGAAUAUUUUCCUCCUAAACAGCAGGAGCCGGAGCCCCCUCAUUUUAAAGUAGAAGAAGAGUCUAGGACUGGCCACAUAAAAAAAGAAGAAGUAGAGCCAGAAACCAGCCACAUUAAAGAAGAAGAUCAAGAGGACAAAGUCACCACCUUUCCUUUGACUGUUAUUGUAAAGAGUGAAGAAUGUGAAGACAACUGCGAAGCAUCAAAUGCAGAUGACCUCUUAGCUCCUCUGUCAGAUGCUGAUGAUAUCACCUCACAUUCUUCUGACACUGAUGAUGAUGAUGAACACUCCAAAGUUUGCGGUAAAAGAUUCUCGCAAAAGUCAAAUUUAAAAUAUCACACGAGAAUACACACGGGAGAUAAACCUUUUGUCUGCUUGAUUUUAUGUGGAAAAAGUUUCUCUUUGAAGCAAUAUUUAACAAAACAUGCAAAAACACACAGCGGAGAGAAAAAAAAGUCCUGCUUGAGAAGCCGGGAGUGGCCGCCUACCUCGGCCGAUGCUCUUGUCUACGGUUCUCGAUUGUGUUGA